UAUGCUCAUCAGCCGUCAUUAGUACAACAUUUCUUUUCUCUAGAACAUCAAUAAUAUGGCUUUCAAGACUUUCCUCACGCUGUUCGCUGUGCUCCUGUGCGCCAAUGCUGCCUUCGGUGUGAAUAUCAUCAGCAGGGCAACAUGGGGUGGUCGUUCCCCUACUAGCCGCACUACCUUGGCCAGUGGUUUGUCCUACGUCAUUGUACAUCAUACCGCCGGCAAUUACUGCUCCACCCAAACCGCAUGCUCUCAACAGAUGCGCAGCAUGCAAGCCUACCACAUGGACUCAUUGGGGUGGGCUGAUAUUGGUUACAACUUUCUGAUCGGUGGUGAUGGGCAAGUGUAUGAGGGUCGUGGUUGGAGUACAGUGGGCGCUCAUGCCACAAACUGGAACUCCAAGUCUAUUGGCAUCUCCUUCAUGGGCAACUACAAUAACAAUGUUCCAACUGCCGCUCAGAUCGCUGCCGCUAAAGCUUUGAUUGCCGAUGCCGUCUCACGUGGACAAAUCUCGUCUAAUUACAUUCUUUACGGCCAUCGUCAAGUCGGUUCCACUGAGUGUCCUGGUAACAACUUGUAUGCCGAGAUCAAGAAAUGGUCCAACUGGCGCGCUAAUAUCAAUAAUAUGGCUUUCAAGACUUUCCUCACGCUGUUCGCUGUGCUCCUGUGCGCCAAUGCUGUCUUCGGUGUGAAUAUCAUCAGCAGGGCAACAUGGCGUGGUCGUUCCCCUACUAGGCGCACUUCCUUGGCCAGUGGUUUGCCCUACGCCAUUAUACAUCAUACCGCCGGCAAUUACUGCUCCACCCAAACCGCAUGCUCUCAACAGAUGCGCAACUUGCAGGCCUACCACAUGGACUCCAAGGGGUGGUCUGAUAUUGGUUACAACUUCCUGAUCGGUGGUGAUGGGAAAGUGUAUGAGGGUCGUGGUUGGAGUACAGAGGGCGCUCAUGUCAAAGGCUUGAACAACCAGUCAAUUGGCAUCGCCUUCAUGGGCAACUACAAUAAAAAUGUUCCAACAGCCGCUCAGAUUGCUGCCGCUAAGGCUUUACUUGCCGAUGCCGUCUCACGUGGACAAAUCUCGUCAAAUUACAUUCUUUAUGGCCAUCGUCAAGUCGGUACCACUGAGUGUCCUGGCAACAACUUGUAUGCCGAGAUCCAGAAAUGGUCCAACUGGCGCACUAGAGUUUAAAGAGUUGUGAAAAUAUUGAAGAAAUUAAAGAUUGAUGCUA